UUGUUUGAACGAUUGCUGUCAAAAUCCAUUUGGCUACAUGGGGACAAGUACUGUGUGCGAGCCGAAAGGAAGACACAGACCACGGAGUACCGUAAAAAUAUUCUAAAAUAUUGCCGAGAAUGAGUGUUGUUAUAAGUGUAUAGAUUAUAUUAGAUUAGAAUUUUACACCAACUUCGCGUGUAGGCAUUGUUAGCAGAGAAAGCAAAGUAUUUAUUCUGUUGUUGUGGGUAACUAAAAUCUUCUUCCUUCACAAAACAUUUGCAUCGGAACAAGGGCAGGAACAGGAACCAGCAGCCACUCUAUCUAUAGGUGGUGUGCGUGUGAUUCGUUCUUCGUGAAACCGUUAGAGCGAGCGAGAGAGCAGCAGCCUGCUUGUACACACCGAAAGAGUCAAGAUGGCCGAUCUGGACGCAGUGAAUCUCGGGCUAGAUGAAACGGAACGGGACAUCGCGGAAGCGCUGGAAAAUUCAUAUGACACCCGAUCGGAAGCAUCCGGUGAUGGAGACGGCGAUGCCGAUGAAGCCGACGCUGGCGAUGCGGAUGGAUCACAUCCUAGCAUCAGUUCGGUCAGUUCGGCCGAAUCAGAUUCCGGUACCGAUUUAGAGGAGGAUGAGGGUGGUGAAGGCGAUAAAAAGAAAAAAGACGAUGCAAAAACCACCCAACAGGAAAAUGGCGCCGCCAAGGAUAAGCAGAUGACGAAGAAAAAGACGAAGAAAGUGCCCGCGGCUGGAAAUGAUACAAAACACAACAAUGCUGAAGAGGAAGACGACGAGGAAGAUGAAGAUGAAAACGAUGAUGACGACGAUGAGGAAGAUGACGAUCCAAUGGAAGAGGAAGAUGACGAGGAGGAAGAGGAGGAGGAGGAAGAUGAUGAUCAGGACGAACGGCGUAAUAACAAGCGUGUGAAAAAGACUAAAAUUACCGCCGCGAAGGUGGUAUCAACGAAGAAAAAGCUUGUCACUAAAAAGGUGGCCGCAUCCAAGCAACCGCAGCAUGUAAAGAAGAAGGCUAAAACAGCUGUAACCAUCGUGAAAGAAGACACGGAGAAGACAACGUCUGUUGAGAAGAAGAAAAAGAAGGUGUCCACUGUGACACAGGAUGGCAAAAAAGGUGCCGGGAAGAAAAAGGAUGACACGGCUUCCGCCGCUGCGAGCAAUGGUCCGGAGACAAAGGACGAUACGGCCAACAACAGUAUCAACAAUGCAAACGACACAAGUACUAGCAGCAGCAGUAGCAGUAGCGGAAGCAGUAGCAGCAGUGAAGCUGGUAGCAAGAAGGACGAUCGGAAAUCUAGAAGCCGCAGCCCGGCCUCGGGUGCGCCAGAAGCAAAGCGUAGCCGCACGAAAGCGGCCGGUAAUGCGGCCGGCACGAAAAACACAGUUAAAUCAUACGACUACGUAACGAAGAUCAACUAUCUGUUCCGCGAAGCCCGUUUCUUUCUGAUCAAAUCGAACAAUCACGACAAUGUAGCGCUGUCCAAGACGAAAGGCGUCUGGUCAACCCUGCCACCGAACGAAGCUAACCUGAACCAAGCGUUCCGGGAAAGCCGCAAUGUAAUACUGCUGUACUCCGUGAAGGAAAGUGGCAAGUUUGCGGGUUUCGCACGCAUGGGUGCAGAGGCAAGGCGCGAUCUACCGGCCGUCGAUUGGGUGCUGCCCCCGGGCAUGUCGGCGAAAGCCCUCGGUGGGGUGAUCAAGAUCGAUUGGGUGUGUAAGAAAGAGCUACCGUUUACCAGCACUUCCCAUCUCUAUAACGCUUGGAACGACGAUAAACCGGUGAAGAUUGGUAGAGAUGGGCAGGAGAUCGAGCCCAAGGUGGCGGAGGAACUGUGUCGAUUGUUUACGGAAGACACAAGCAUCGAUAUGACUCCGAUACUGAAGAAAUCAAAGGAAGCGUCAAAGCUGAUGAAGGAAAAGGCGGCGUCGAAGUCGUUCCGUAGACCCCCGAACUUCGGGCGGCCUACAUCGUCAUCGUUGAGAAGUCGCAGCAGUGGAGGAACCGGGGGUGGCAUUGGACCGAUACGACGCGGUGGCAGACGUAUGUUUACGGGGCCGAAAAGUGGAAGAGAUGGCGGAGGCGGUGGAAGUCGAUCGCACGGGGCAAGCUCGAUGUUUGCACCUUACCGGAAGGACCGGCAUGGUGGUGGUGGCAGCGGAGGUAUUGGCGGCGGUGGCAGUCGACACGGUGGUCAUGGAAUGGGCGGACCACGCAUGGGAAUGGGAGGUGGUAACGGUAGUGACGGCGGUGAUCGCGGCGGUGGCGGUUUGUCACGAGCUGCGGGCCUCGGGGCAAUGCAUCACCCGGCCCAUCAUCACCGUUGGGCCGAUGGGUACAGUUCUACGGCUGCUGCCGAGGCGUACGUCGCCGACUACAUGCGCAACAUGCAGAACCAGCUGCCUCCGAUGCCGUACGCACCACCGCCCGGUUACCCGGGUAUGCCGAUGCCGUACGAUAAUUUGCCGCCACCACCACGAUACUACGAAGGAUUGCCAAUACCGGAAUAUCCCCUACCGCCCGGUUCCAUCCCGGGCAGUGUAACUGGUGCUGGUGGGAUGCCUCCGCCCCGCAGCCACGCGGCUGCUGCAGCGGCGGCCGCCGCAAUGUACGACAAGCGAGCGUACGAGCAGUCGAUGGAGGAGUUCAUGUGGAAAUCGGCAAACAGCAUGAGCACCGGAAGUGCAGGCAGCGGAGGCGGUGGUGGAGGAGGUGGGGCUGGUGGGACUGGCGGUAGCCAGGGUGGUGGAGGUUUGAGUAGCGCUGUCGGUGGGCUUGUUGGUGGUAUACCGACGAUGAAGGGACCGCCACCGGUUCUUCCAAGCCAUGGUUACCACGUACCUCCGCCGAUGAUUCCUCCGAUGCAUCAUCAUCACAUGCACCGUAAGAAUGAUCGUGGGGAUGGAGGUAUCGGCAAUUCGUCAGACCGUGGCCAGCAGCGGGGUGGAGAUCGAGAUCGUUCCAACCACCGUAGCGAUCGCAACCAGCACAGGGGUGGUGGUGGAGGCGGUGGUGGUGGCGGUGUCCGUGGGUACAACAAUCGUGAUAGGCGAUGAUUCGAAGCUUCGACGUUUCACCAGUAUUCCCCAUCCGAUCGGUUUUAGUAUUAGGAAGGAGGAAUCGAAUUGAAAAUCUAUAUCACCUAUUAUCCAUCCAGAGAAAAAUAAGGUGAUGUCUCAAAGAAUGCAUCAUGGAACCCUCAUCGCGCUUACGUUGAUUCACCGUAGCUUCUCCCAUCGUCGUGUGCAAUAGUGGGUGGGCAUCAUAAGGCGUCAUGUUAGCGAUCACUCCAACACAUCCCCAUUGUGCAACCCAUCACGAAAUCAUGUGCGAAACCGUGAACGAUCGAUCGAUUCCUAUCGUCUCCGAUCAGUCGUUUAUGGGUAGCUUUCGUACAUUGCCGUUCCAGCAACUUUCAUCACAACAAGCAGCAGUACCAGUUGACCAUUUCGUGUUGCUUGGGCACUAGGAACGUGUUAUGUUUCGGUGCCCUUUCCUGUUAAUCACAUACUACGAGUAAUCAUCGCCACAUCAUCGGAGUCUGGAUUCUGUAAUCAGCGCUACAGAUGGCGGUGUGACAGACGUUCUCACGUCUUAUACCGCCGGAUUUGGAGAAUGGAUAACGCUAACAACAUCAUCAUAGCCGGCAAUCAUCGGUUAUCAUGGAUAGCCUGUCGGCAUUAACAGCAGCAGCAGCAGCAGAAUGAUCACGAGCGAUGCAUCGAUGUUGUAGUUGGUGCAUUUUAUUGUGAAAUGUUCUGCAAUUGUGCGCGAGUGCGAAUUAUCAGAAGAAGAAAAAAAAAAGGAGUACAAGUGCGGUCGAGUGCAGUUUUUAUGCUUUUAUUUGCGUGAAGAAAAUUCGUGUAUGUGGCGUUAAAUUGGUUUCGGUGUAUCAAAGUGAUUCAUAGUGUGUGAUAUGCAUGCUGGUGCAUUUGCUGCGAAAGGAUGCUGUAGGCUCAGAUCUCAGAGGCAUAAGAAAAGGGGAAUAUAGUUUUUGGUAUGAAAAUGAAUAGGAUUUUAAAGGAUUUUUGUAGAAUAGAACGGAAGAAGGGAGGAUCAGACGGUGAAUUACAAAUUUGUGCUGACAAGCUGCGUAUGAGAGCGAACAUUUAUGCGACAAACAGCGAGUGAAAAGCAUAAAAUGAAAACGAGUAAAUCGAUCGAUAGUUUCUGGAGCGAACUGAAAUAAUAUUGUAACGCGGAAUCAAUUUACAUAAGAUCAACAACUUGGCGGUGCUAAAUUCGAAGAGAUUGGAGAUUUAUUUUUUGACACAAACAAACAGCAAGUAGCAGAAACUACACUACAGAAGGACUUCACAUUUCUUAUCAUUCAACAAAGAAAAUUUUCAUUGCGUUAGUGGUGUUCCCAAAAGUAUAAUACAAAAAAAAAUUGAAUGAACUGUUCCUUGUGGCAAAACAGAUUAAAACCAACCCGACAGUACAUCCAUAUCCGUACAAAUAUAGGUUCGGAAAUCGAAACACAAAAAGUGGAUAAACUGUUUGUGGUACAAUUAAACAUAUAAAAGUAUAUGGUAAUAAGCAUAGUACGUAACGCUCGAUCCACUACAGACAUGUUUAACAUCAUGCCCAGCGCUCUGCACGAAAUCAAUUGAUCAUGUCAUGUAAAUGAUACUAAAGGACGCUUAGUGUGUGCGUGUGUUUGUGUGUUUUGUUUACUUUUCAACGAUCACCAUCCCGUUAACGAUAGAAGGGUACUCCAAGUUGUCGGUGCAACAUACAACAUAAUAAUAUACACGGAACGUAUAUGUGGUGCAUCGCGACUGGAUGAACAUAAUCUUAUAGAGGACAGGCAAACAAAGAGUGUUACUUUAUCAUUUGUUCUAUAAGAGCGUGUGUAUGUGCAUGUGCACUGCGUGUGUGUGUGUAAAUAUAAUUUCGAACUUUCCGAUUCUUCACGAUGAAAAUAAAUUAUUUACGAUAAAAAAGGCACAUUAUGACACAAAACACAAAACACAAAAGCACACCGAAAAACACACGCACACAACACCCACAGUGAAAUAACGAAAGUAAACAAAAUGCAGCAAAUUAGCGUCUUCGAUACAUAGAGAGUAACGGAGCAGUGCGCGUACAACGAUCUAUAGUUUGACGCAAAACAAAUCUCAAGCAUUAUAGGAAGUAAUACAAUAGGCACAUAGAAAUGGUAUGAAUCCUCCCUGAAUUGAUCCCGACAAAGCAUAUUUGAAAUUAUUGCAAAACCAAUUAUGUUAGGAAGAGAUCGUCGUAGUGCGAUGAAUUAUUAGACGCCAGCAAUGCAUACAAAGCAAGGGAAGGGGUGGCGACAAUGUGCGACAAAACAGCUCCCUUGAACCGGUUAGGCAUAUAUAUGAACUUUUAUGUUACUAAAACCCACCCAAAUCACUCUCUGUCCUAAGCCGAUCAAACAGCAAAUACUACAUCUACACGCAGUAUAAAUGUAUUCAAUAAAGUUAAACAAAAAUCUAAAGUAGCCGUAAACCCAAAACCACCAAAUGGACCUUUUGCCGAUCCUGCUGACGGUUAUCGAUCUAAGCAAAGAAAAAAAAAUCUGUGUAUGUGAUGAUAGAAUAAAAGUGUCGAAAUGAAAACGAUCGAAAGCACCAACAUCGAAGCAGCCGUUUGCUCAACGAAUAAGGAUCACUCCUUGAUAAAAGUGCGUAACAACAGUGUGUGGCAAGAUCGGCAAAAUUGUGCGCUACGUUGGGCUGUGCUUUUGGUGUGUUUGCUUUGGUUGUACGGAAACCACGAAACUUGUGGACACUCUAUACCAAUCUACCUAAUCACACAUCGUAACCGGCAUACGGAAAAUGCGUGAAUGCUGCGAAGGGGUGGGUGGUUAUGGUUAUCGUGCUGGGAAAAUUGGGGCUACAUUUGCCAAAAGAACUGUUCCAAGCGCUGCUGCGUUAAUGAAGCAGCUGGCUAACAUAUCCAGCUAAGAAGAGAAAAAAAACACAUCCUUUGCGGAGGAUCAACACUUUCAGCAUGAUGAUGCUGCCCUUCCAAGUGUUGUUGCGAGGAAUGCUUCGAAACAGUGUAUUUAUCAUGACAGUUUUACAGCGAUGUGGAAUUACGUGCAAAAAGUGCAAUCAUUUAAUUCUAUACGAAGAGAGAGUUAAAUUAGAUCACUUAAAAAGGUGAUGGUUGUGUGUGUAUUAAUGAGCGAUCGAUUUUCCCGAUAGCAACAUUGCUUCAUUGUUCGUCGGGAAUCGUUCGUGCUAUUUGGAUGGUGCUGGUGGUGCAUAGUGAGAAUAAACGACGAGCUUAUUUUUUGAUACACCCAUGAACUUACCGUCCACAUGCACACCGGAAAAUGCACCCAAAGUUGAAGUGCGUGUAUCUAUACAUCUGUGUAUGGAAUGUGUUAAGAUCAUCAUAAUGGCUCGUGAAACAAAUGGCUCAUUUAAGAAAAAGGACCCUUUCCCUUAAGGACUACCCACUACUAAUGCCUAUUUCCGAGUUCCAACAUUGAAUCAAUCGUGUUGAUAAAGUAUUUGGGCUUCUGUGGGGGUUCUUAUACUGCUGCAAAGAAAACAACAAACAAACGAAUGGUCCGUAGCGUGAAAUAGUGAAAAACGAAGAGUGUCUGUGUGCGAGAGAGAAUUAAGAGACUAUUUUUUUAAAAUGAAAAUCCAUGUCUUACGGUGAUAGAUUCUAUGAAUCUUGCUACUCCAACGACGAAUAGUGGCUACUAUUGUCCACCAUAGCACUUUCUAUGAAAGUGGCCAAACACAAAGCGGAACGUGCGUUCAGUACAUUAAUCGUAUCGAUGCCAAAAUAUGAAGGAGAAGAAAUGCAGUUGACAAACGCUUUACUGCAAUGCACAAAACGAUCGGGAAAGAUUUCUUGCUCUUCUGCUGCGUGGAUGAAUUCUUAACAUCUUUAUUUGCAUCAAACUUUUACUUCCAACAAAAGGGACCUUUGGUCCAGCCCAACCAGGAGAUCAGAGCAUCAGCGAGCGCUUGGCGGAAAGGAUCAAAAUCGGAUGUACCUGUACAAAAUCAACUGGAAAUACCUACCGACCGUGCAUCUGUUAAUAGCACCCAGUCUGACGCUUAUCCUGCGAGUGCAAGAAGUCUUUUCCGGUCAGCGAAACUCGAAACUAUAGACGACUGCCCUUCGACUUAUGUUCCUUCAGUGAUUGGGACAGUUGCGGUUACUGUUAUUCCAUGUGAAAAAUACAACAGAAAGGAAUUGAGUUUAGGGAUGUAUUUUUUUUUUACUAGAUAAUGAUAAUCUUUUUUGCAUUAGAAACGACUUAACUUAAAGAGAGGUAACUAGUUCCGUGUGAAGGUGCGGAAAAGCAUUUGUGCCUAUAUUUUUUUUAUUAAAACUUUUACACAUAAACGCUUUUUGAAAGUACACAUUUGGCCUACCUGGAGUGUGUCGAAGUCCAGGAUAUAUUGAUAACACACAAAAGAGAGUCAAUGUUUCACUUUUAGAAGUGAUAACUUAGUUCCUUACUUUGGAGAACUUCAUAUCAAAGAUCAUGUCGAGAAUAAGCAAAACAAAACAAAAUACAGAUACUAUUUAUAUUUGUUCUAAUGGAUAGAUGGCAAGAAGAUGUGGUAAUUGUUUCUAGGUGCAAAACCAUGACCAUGAAUGGCAAAAGUGUUUCUUUAACUGUAGAUGUGAGUAGAUAACUGCAUCCCAUUGAUGUUACUAUACAUUUUGGCAAGACAAAUAUUUAUUACAUACAAGCAAAAUAA